AUGGCGAAAGCCGAUGCUCUUUUCCGUCAACGUCGUCCGGGACGGCCAUUGAAAGCUCGCCCACUCGAAAAAGAGAUGAAAACUGGAUUCGACGGAAACUGGGAUCUAGUGGUACGGAAGUGCCCGACGACAUUCUCACAACACGUUUCUGAGGUUACCACGUCACAACUUGAAAGCAGAGUUCAAAAUGACGAACUUUUGAAGCGGAGAUCUCGUCGGAAGACGGAAAUGCGCCCAUUUCAAUCAAUGUGGGCCAAGAGUCUCAGCGGACUUCAAGUUGCAAUUCCACACGAAAAGCCAGAUCGAAUCGCGGAUGUGACGAAAGCUGAAUAUUCAUACGAGUCAAUCAAAGCGAUCUCACUACUGAAACCUGCCGUUUCUGCAUUUACUCCAGAAGAAACAACAACGACUGUAAUUCAACAGAUAAAUAACGGAUUCAUGACAAAUGGAACUUUCGGGCAACCGGCCAAUAAAGAUAAACUCGAUGGAAGCUUCAUGGCAUUGGCACAUCACGAUCAACCGCUCUGUGAGCGUGUUCCGUUUGCUCAGCUCGUCGAAGAGAUCAGCUCCCAAGAGAAACGUGUUCUUGAUGCCCGUAAGCGUCUUCAAGAAGUAAUGAAGUAUUUUGGAUGA